UCGAGUCUGUCCGAACUGGUACAACAACACGAAGCAUCUGAAAGUCAUGAACGCUGCGUAUUCUUCGCAGGAGGUUAUCGUUCUCGAUUGUAUACCAGAAUCAGCCAUUAUUUCGCGAGUACGGUGGACAGACCUUCGCCAGAAGCUUCCUUCGUGGUUUUACCGGCCGAGUGGCUACUUAAGUGCGAAGGAGCUGAUACCUAUCCCAAAUGAUAAUGGGUGGCAGCGAUACGUACGAUGGCAGAAGGCUAUACAGGAACGCCUGCACCAGUUGUCUGUAGUGUCCUGGGUACGAUGGGAGUUACUUAGCCGUCGAGAAGUAGUGGAUUUUGUAUUCGCCGUUUUCUCCUUCCAGGACUACAUGGGUACAAAUGAUCUUAAGCCAUCGCUAUCUGGGAUGGACAUCUCACGAAAUUUCGAGGAGUUAUCGAAGCACGCUGCCAAUAGUCUCUUGACCUGGUCUAGAGGAUUCAGCUCCAUUUUGCUGGAAACCGAAGAUGAUAAUGAAUUUACAAGACUCAUCCAAGUCUCGAUAUCGACCAGUCCACAAGACACUAUGCACAGCAUUACCAAAUCGUUCUAUAUCCAAUCACUGGGUUGACUUAAUGAAGUUUGAUACAGGGUUGAGCUUUGACUCCUGGAACCAUACCAAGCUAAUAUUAGCUGGAAUAGUUUGGUAGUUUUGCAAGGC